AUGCAAAAAUAUGAAAAACUUGAGAAAAUAGGAGAAGGCACUUACGGGACCGUUUUCAAAGCUAAAAACCGGGAGACUCAUGAGAUUGUUGCCUUGAAACGUGUACGCUUGGACGAUGACGACGAGGGUGUACCGUCCUCGGCAUUACGUGAAAUUUGUUUGCUCAAAGAGCUUAAACACAAAAAUAUAGUACGACUUUAUGAUGUACUUCACAGUGAUAAAAAAUUAACUCUAGUAUUUGAACAUUGUGAUCAGGACCUUAAAAAAUAUUUUGAUAGCCUAAAUGGUGAAAUUGAUUUAGAUGUUGUCAAAUCAUUCUUAUACCAAUUAUUACGUGGACUAGCAUUCUGUCAUAGUAAAAAUGUGUUACAUAGAGACCUCAAGCCACAAAAUUUGCUCAUCAACAAGAAUGGUGAGCUGAAACUUGCGGAUUUCGGAUUGGCAAGGGCAUUCGGCAUUCCAGUUAAGUGUUACUCUGCAGAAGUUGUGACGUUAUGGUACCGUCCACCCGACGUAUUAUUUGGAGCUAAACUUUACACGACGUCAAUAGACAUGUGGAGCGCGGGAUGCAUAUUCGCUGAAUUAGCAAACGCAGGACGACCCUUGUUCCCCGGAUCGGACGUCGACGAUCAGCUGAAAAGAAUAUUCAAAAUGUUGGGUACACCUACUGAGGAAACGUGGCCAGACCUCACUACUCUUCCAGAUUAUAAAGCUUUUCCCCAAUUAUCAGCAGACGAAGCGAUGGCACACCCUUACUUCAACGACUUAAACCCUGCCAUUAAAAAUGACCGAUGUCAGUAG